GGGAUCACUGACAGGUCACCAGUCCACAACAAAGCUGUCGGCGUUUUUGAUUAGAUGACACCGUCUCAGUUUGAUGCAAUAUACUCUUAACUACUAUUUAAUAUGAACUCAUAUCAUCAAGGGUGCUCUGGACCGUGAAUUCUUUCAGAAUUCUGACGAUGGACGUUGUAAUCGAACUUGCGAGCUACCCAUGAUUCAUUGCGGCACCAGCCGUCUUAUGGUGUCAUUUUUGCCUCGCGAUUACCUCACAGGAGAGCGCACCUAGAAACUGUGUGGGCUUAAAAAAAACACCAACACACCGGAAGAGGUGGCCGCUUCUCGCUUUGUUGACGCAGGAUGAGCGGCGACGAGGCCAACCCGGCCGCGGAGGCCCUGCCGGUGGAGGACGUGCACGGGGACGGACGCUGGCUGUCACAGCAUGCGAGAUUUGUACUGGAGUGCAAAGACGGGGAACCAGAUGUGCUUUUCGUGGGAGAUUCAAUGGUGCAGCUAAUGCAGCAGCAGGAGGUAUGGAGGGAAUUGUUUUCUCCACUACACGCGUUUAAUUUCGGUAUCGGCGGAGACACCACCUGUAACGUGCUGUGGAGGCUCCAAAACGGAGAGCUGGAGAACAUCCGGCCCAAGGUGGUGGUGCUGUGGGUGGGGACCAACAACCACGAGCACACGGCCGAGCAGGUCGCCGGAGGAAUUCUCGCCAUUGCGCAACUGCUCACCAACCGCCUCCCCAAAGCGAAGAUUGUUGUUCUGGGUUUGUUACCCCGGGGCGAGCGGCCGAACCCCCUGAGGGAGAAGAACGCGGCCGUGAACGGGCUCCUGCGCGCCUGGCUGCCCCGGCUGGGCCAGGCCCAGCUGCUGGACGUGGGCGGGGACUUCGUGCACUCGGACGGAACCAUCAGCACCAUGGACAUGUUCGACUUCCUCCACCUGACGUCGGCGGGGUACCGCAGCAUCUCCAAACCGCUCAGCGACCUGCUGCUGCAGGUACUGGACGAGAUGCCCGAGGAGAGGCGGGCCUCGCUGGCCUGAAAUUCCCCCGCCAAGAAGCCCCUUCACCCCAGAGGCACGUCUCACCCGCUGGUGUAGGGAGACAGGUCUCUGGGACCCGGUGGAGUAGAAGUCGCUUAACUUUUGAGGCCCGUUUGGGAACAGUCAUGAGCAGAAGGUUAGGUAUGGAGGAUUGUAAAAAGGGGAGAGAGAGACCUCUACAGACAUAGACACUGUGAUUGCAGUAGCAAGCUAUCGUAAAAAAAAAAAAAAAAAGGUCAAACUACUCUUAAGUGACACAGAUAGGAAUGUAAUCUAUGGGAAUGCAGAGAUAUGUGCACACAGAUUAACCUAGAAAGGGAUAAAACUACUUUCUCUGUCACAGAAAAGC